AUGAAGAUUCGGGGUGAAAGCGUUUUUAAAAUAUUUUUUUUUAAACUUGAGAAAAAAUAUAAAAAAUAUUUUAUGACUCAUUGGGAAAUCAAUUUAUUUAAAGUAAAAAUGAAAAAAGAUGAAUUUGAAAUGAAGUCAGCCAUUCUACAAGUAAAACAAGUACAGAAUAUACUAAAAAGAAAUAUGAAUGUGAUGCCUGUGGAAAGUUAUAUACAUACUCAUCUGGGCUGUACCAACAUAAAAGGUUUGAUUGCUUCAAAGAACCACAAUUUGAAUGUCCUUAUUGUUCCCAUAGAUCAAGGCGAAAAGGUGAUAUGA